AUGGAACAAAUAGUAAAUGAAAAUGAAAAUACGCUUUCUAAUAUAAAAGAAGCAUUUGCUAAUAAAUACAGUGAAAGCCCAUCCUUUAAAGAAUAUAUUUUUCUAGGAAUGCCAGAGGAUUUUAAAGUAGAUCACUUGAUUGAAAAAACACGUGCUAAUGUAGAUAAGUUUUUAAUUUAUCAUAUUGGGUUGGCAGGUGUAAUUUAUACAAUCUUUUUAUUAUUCAAUUUGCAUUUUAUUUUUUGCUUUGGACUGAUAAUACUUACAAUUUAUUUAGUGAAUAUUCCAACUAAAAUACAAGGAUAUGAAAUAACUCCGCUUUUUGCGAUACUUGGAUGUGUUGGUAUUAAUUUUAUAGUUUCACUUUUAUCUGAAAAUAUUAGACAGGAGCAUGUAAUGUUUUUCACUAUCACUUGUUUUAUUAUUGUAUUAGUAGUUAUACAUUCAAUAUUAAAUCAAACUCAGGAUAGUGAAAAUAUUGAUAAUGAUGGGGAUAAAAUUUAA